AUGUUAUUCUCACUGCGGGAACUGGUGCAGUGGCUGGGCUUCGCCACCUUCGAGAUCUUCGUGCACCUGCUGGCCCUGUUGGUGUUCUCCGUGCUGUUGGCAUUGCGAGUGGAUGGCUUGGCCCCGGGCCUCUCCUGGUGGAACGUAUUUGUACCCUUUUUCGCUGCUGAUGGGCUCAGCACCUACUUCACCACCAUCGUAUCCGUUCGUCUCUUCCAAGACGGAGAGAAGCGACUGGCUGUAUUGCGUCUCUUCUGGGUUCUCACCGUCCUUAGCCUCAAGUUUGUCUUUGAGAUGCUGUUGUGCCAGAAGCUAGUGGAGCAGACCCGAGAGCUCUGGUUCGGCCUGAUUACAUCUCCGGUUUUCAUUCUCUUGCAGCUGCUCAUGAUCCGGGCUUGUCGUGUCAAUUAGCCUCUUGCAGAGGUUGGAAAUGGAGCAUUGCGCGCAGCUGGAGUCCUGGACCUUCAAGUCCAGACGCUACUUGGCGCUACACUGGUGGAGCUUUGGUCAGAAAUCAGUGUCUACUUGUUCCCAGCUUACUGUCCACUUUUUCUUAUAUCUAAGAUUGUUUCCUCAGCAAAACUUAAAAGUGAAGCUUCGAUUAUUAAAAUUUAUUUUCUGUUAGUCA